AUGAACAACAUGCAAUGUGUCAUCAACAAAACCUUUGAACUUUCCAAUCAUGCAGCUCGUUUCUCAAUUAGCAUUGAUGGAUGUCGAAUGUCAUCAUUGCCGAACAUUUCGUCGCUUGAUUUAUUAAUGGCAACAGCUAGAAAUUCACUCGGAAGUAUUCGAGAUCUUUGCGGACAUAAUAAAUCAUUUCAUGAUGCCAAGAAUGAACAAAUUGAAACGAUGGAAGUUGAAAUGGGGAAAAUUAAGGAAGAUUUGUUGACAGCAAGAAGUGAAAUUGAUAAACUCAAUCAGCACAAUGUCAUUUUACAAGAACAAGUCAAAGAGGGUAAAGUUCAAUACGAAAGAUUAAAUUCGGGACGCAAUCAACUAAUUGAAGACAUAAGAAAUGAGUUGAAGAAAGUUGAAACUGAAAACGAAUUGCUAACGACACAAAUGAAUGAAGCAAAAGAUAUUAUCGACGACCUAGUUGACGANUAG